AAGCAGCUAAGGGAAAAUAAUAUGAUAUGAAAAGUUAGAUUCCAUUGGCUCAUAGUGCACAAUGGAAUGUUGGGAACAUAAAGGUGGAUGCCUCGCUCCUAAUAUAAAUUUACGUCGAACUACUCUGUUCUUGCACACAGAAAUUUUCUGGCUAGCCUCCACCAUAUUGAAUAUUUCCCACCCUUAGUCGACCACAACCAAGGCGUCAGUAAAAUCCUCUCAUCUAGCCUUCAGUUCAGUAAUAGUACUGAAUUAUGUCGCGAGGCAGGGAUCCUUUGGCAUUGAGCCAGGUAAUUGGUGAUGUGUUGGACCCUUUCGUAAAGUCAGCCGCGAUGAGGAUUAAUUAUGGUGAGAAGGAGAUUACAAAUGGCACUGGGUUACGAGCAUCUGCUGUGCUCAAUGCACCCCAGGUUGAGAUAGAAGGUCGUGACCGGACGAAGCUCUACACACUCGUCAUGGUGGAUCCUGAUGCACCAAGUCCAAGCAAACCAGAAUACCGGGAAUAUUUGCAUUGGUUGGUGACAGACAUCCCUGAGGCAACAGAUGCACGUUUUGGCAAUGAAAUAGUUCCCUAUGAAGCUCCACGGCCACCUGCCGGAAUUCAUCGGCUUGUUUUUGUGCUAUUCAAACAGGAAGCACGGCAAACAGUUUAUGCACCAGGAUGGCGGCCAAAUUUUAAUAUCAGAGACUUCUCAGCAUUCUACAAUCUCGGACCACCAGUUGCUGCACUAUUCUUCAACUGCCAAAAGGAGAGUGGUGUUGGUGGCAGAAGGUUCCAAGGACCAAGCUGAAGGAUGGAUGGAUGUACAAGAUCUCUAGACGACAAGGCAGUACCAUUCACAAUCCAGAAUUAUAUAGUCCACAUAAAUCUUUUGACAGCGCAUUAACAUCAGUUAGCAAUCAAGUAGUCCAGCCACUGAUUCAUCUGAUAUGAAACAAAGUAGCAUCGGAGUUCUCAUACCUCAUAUAAAAGGGCAGCCCGGUGCAUGAAGCUCCCGCUUUGCGCGGGGUCCGGGGAGGGGUCGGACCACAUUGGAUCAUUGUACGCAGCCUUUCCUUGCGAUAUUUGCAAGAGGCUGUUUCCACGACUUGAACCCGUGAGGUCACAAGGCAGCAGCUUUUACCACUGCGCCAAGGCUCCCCUUCAGUUCUCAUACGUCACAUGUCUAAAGUAAAUCCAUAAAUAUAAUACAUGAGUUUUUUUUCAUAUAAGAAAUUGUGAGCCUAAGUGUGACCAAAUCA